UUGGCCGCCGACGAGAAGGCAGACAUCCGGUUUGAGUGUCUGGACGCCCGACGCGGAUGCGAACAUGGUGCGCUUCAAGCACAGGUACCUGCUUUGCGAAGUGGUGUCUGAGGACCCCCGCUGCCGUCUGAAUCUGGAGGACCGAGUGCUGGGCGGCCUAGUACGGGACACGAUCGCGCGCGUGCACGGAACUUUCGGCGCGGCAGCCUCCUCCAUCGGCUUCGCGGUGCGAUACCUCAAUGCCUAUACCGGAAUAGUGCUACUUCGAUGCCGGAAGGAAUUCUAUCGGCUUGUGUGGUCAGCUCUUCCCUUCAUCACAUACUUGGAGAACAAAGGACACCGUUAUCCGUGUUUUUUUAACACCUUACACGUGGGAGGUACAAUUAGAACAUGUCAGAAGUUCCUCAUUCAGUACAAUAGGAGACAGCUGUUGAUCUUGUUGCAGAACUGCACUGAUGAAGGAGAGCGGGAAGCUAUCCAGAAGUCUGUUACAAGAAGCUGUUUACUAGAGGAGGAGUCCGCUGGGGAGGAGCUUUCAGAUAGUGGCGGUGAGGAGGCUGCUGAGGCAAUGGAGUGAACUUUUGCAGGCUGCGUUGCGCCUAAGCUUCAGGGCCUACUUGUUGGAACAGGGAAUUCUGGGAGGCACUAGCACCUUCUACAGUUCUCAAACUGGAUGACUGCUGAUCAGAGGCCAGUUACCAGCUCAAAAUGAAUUGACUUAUUGUUUAAAACUUGCCAAAGUCACCUUUACCCAGCAUUACCUGGUUAAGUAGUUCUGCAGGUGGUGAAGUUCCUGUAGAUAUAUACAUCUUUUUAUCUAA